AUGGUUGUUGAUUCGUCUCACGAUUAUGGACAUAUAACGGUGGAAAAGGUAAGGAAUAUGGAAUUCGGUACCUUGGGAGAAGCAAGGGAGUUCUAUGCUGGUUAUAGUAGAGUAAAAGGUUUUGCUAUUCGAAAGAGUAAAAGGGUAAAAAAUGUCAAAAGAGAGGUGGUCAGAUAUAAUUUUGUGUGCAAUAGAGAGGGGUUCAAGCAGAGGAAGUGGUUGGCGAAGUUUGAUAUAAAGUGGGAGUACAAGCCUGUUACUAAGUGUGGAUGUCUAGCAAAGCUAAGGAUCAAGCGGAAUGCUGCUAAUGGAAAGUGGUGCAUUGGAAGAUUUCUUGAUGAUCACAAUCACACUUUACUCCCGAGAUAUUUGUAG